GGUUUCUUUUUCAAUAUGGCCGCCGGUGACACUGCUCUCUGGCUGCACAACAAACUUGGCUCCACCGACGACUUGUGGUCUGGAAAGACAAUAUGUUCCCAGCUUUCACAGGACAGACUACAAAGCAUCCAUGCAUGCUUUCAUACCCUCCAACCCCACGUCAAAGUGAAACUAAUGUUAUCCUUUCUUCAUAUUCCGAGAAGAAACGUCGAUUUGUGGAAGGGUUACUUAGAGGAAAUCCUGAUGGUGGCGAUCCAUGACACAGACCAGUGGGUGUCAAUGGUUGGGGAGAUUCUCCGCACCUUCCCGGCCACUGGGGCUCUCAAUCUUGAACUUGAGGACAACAAUGGAACCUUUGCUGAGGUGCUCACUGACCUCAAGAAGCUUGUGAAGAAGAGUGUGGAUGUUCGUAUGUUACCAAUGGAGUGUCAGUUCUUGAACAAGACUGCCCUUGUGGCCACCACAGGACAGCAGCCAGUGCCCACUAAACACUUUGCCCUCAAACGGAAACCCAAGUCUGCCACUCUCCGUGCUGAACUCCUCCAGAAAUCUUCGGAGGCAGCAUUAAACAGAAAGAGGAAUGGAUCCGAUAUUAUGCCCCUCAAAGUGAGAAGCUUUGCAAAGAAAAUGGAUGAUUCAACACCAUUGAAGGGGUUUUCUGCAAAGAACAGUCCAUCAGGUGGGUUCCUGAGCCCAAAUCCAGUCGGCCGUCGGACAAGCCUUCUGGGCUCUGCAGGGACAUCAAUAGGGGGCACGCCCAACCGCCUCAGCAAUUUAAAAAAAGAAGGAGGCAUUAAGCUUCUGGACUUGACUGAGGUUCCACUUGGUGCAAGAGAGACAAAACGGAGAAAGAAAAUGGCAGAUCAAGAGGCGGUCGAGCAGCAGAGAAAGGAAAAGGAGGCUGCCAAGGCCGCCCAGGCAGCAGCCGGCCCCACCCCUGCUCCCUAUACACCAGAUUAUGCUGCGGGACUUAUCUCUCCAGCCACACCAGCUGGUCCAGUGGGUGUGGCCAGCACAGCGCCGGCCUUGCCUCAGACCCAAACUGUCUCCUAUGUUCCCACCUCCACACCGCGGGCACCACAACAACCCACACACAUAGUGUCCGUUUCCACCCCAGCCAGUAUUGGAAGCCUGCAGGAAAGGGACAGUCUACAGCAGCAGUUGCAGCAGCAGCUUGGCCAAUCACAGAUCAGGACACAAACUAUCCUCCCUUCCAUUGGUCAAACCUUCCACCAAGCAGCAGCCAAUCAAAAUCUGGCAUCUACUGUUGGCCAGCCUUUGCAGCCAAUCCAAACACAGCCUUUAAACAAUACGCAACAGCCAGUAAAUACACAGCAACAACAGCAGAAAAAAGCAUUAUCACUUACAAAAGAGCAAAUGAUUGAAGCUCAGGAGAUGUUUAAAAAUUCCAACAAAGUCACACGGCCGGAGAAGGCUCUCAUACUUGGGUUUAUGGCCGGUUCUAGAGAGAACCCAUGCCCGCAGCAGGGGAGUGUAUUGAGUAUCCGGUUAAACGAGGGGAAGGAGGUGGUCACCCUUCCUGACGAGACAACAAAACAGAUGCUUGUCGACACUUUCUUCCAAAUGAACUAUCAGUCUGGUGAUUGGAAACGGGUAAAAAAGUUCCGCGAAAUAGAGGAGAGCUGACGAGGGAAUAGGUUGCUAGUUCUUAGUUAACCUGUUACAAUGGUGAUGUUGCACCACUGAGUCAGCAUGGGAAGGAAAGAGAGAUCGUGCCAGACGGGGGUGGGAUAAACUUGUUAGCAUUGUAUGUGAACAAUUUUUAGCUGUUGUUGCUUGGGAUAAAUAAGUACCGAGGUUGUACUUCAUGUGGACAUAUGUUAUAAUCUUUAAGUAUUUUAUGUGUUUGAUGAGAAUCCGUAUCGGCAAUGGAGAUAACUCAGUGCCACUUAUAUCACUGAAAAGAUAUAUAUCAUCAAAAUGUAAGAUUAUGAUGUUUAAAAAAAUGCCAGAAUUGAAAAAUUGUCACCACUUGUGAUUCUGUCUCGUUCGCCAUCAAGGGCUAGCGCCAGUGGGAACCCUGUAAUGCACAUUGACAUUCAUGUGAUCAUGUUUUAUAAAUUCAUGUUGAAGUACAGAAAAUCAUCUUAAAGGAUCAUAAAGGAUUGCAUGUUUUCAUUACAUUCAAGUAAAUUGUACAUGUGCAGUGUUGAUGUUGUUCUUGUAUGUAGGGUUUUAGCCAGGUUUUUAAAAAAUACAGGGUGCUGCAGAAGAGGGAGACAGGUGCUAAGGGAGAAAAUGGCACAUUGAAUCAGGCUGUGAAGAUCUUGAACGUAUAAUGAACUUGACAGAAAAUAUUAGGGAUUGUGUUUAAUUUGAGUAAUAUAAGAUUUCAACUGCAAUAUAUGUAAAAUUAGGUUUCACUUAUAAUCAUAUGUCAGGUUUAAAUUGAAGGGAAAUAAAACAAAAAAUGACUAAAGUAUUUAAGUCUAUGAAGUGUUAGAGCAAGGGUUAGGGUUAAGGUAGAAAGGUGCCCAUGCUGGUCUUCCAUAUUUCUUCAGCUAAAACCCUACAGCACAACAUGAAAGGUGCUCCACACUCAUCUAUGUACAUGUAUGUUUUUCGUACUACAUGUCAUGUAUCUUUAGUGCGCUACAUGUAUGUUUUACAUACCACAUGUACAAUGAUGUUUUGUGUACUAUAUGUAUGUUGUGGUAUAUCUUUCAUUGUACUGAUUUUCAAUACUUCUGUGCAAUGUUAUCGUAUAUAUCUUUAUAAUAUAGUGUAUUAAAAUCGAGAAGUUUUCUUCAAUAGAUGAAUAUGAGUCUUUGAUAGUGUAAUAAGUAUCAUAUUGAACGACCUUGAGUGUGAUAAACUCGAUCAUAAAUACUAAUUUGAUUAUUUACAAUGCAAAAUACAGAAAAUGUUGCUAUAAAGUGCAAACAUUUUCAAUGCUAUUCAUUAUGAUGUCUGAACAAAAGUUAUAACACUGGUUAAAAACACUGUUGGUUAUAUAUCAAAUAUAUAUAAUGACGUAAUUUAUUGAUGGCGUCGUCAUUUAUGAUAUAAACAUGAUUGUAUAAAUCAUGACUGUAAGAUGACAAAAGGAGAGCUGGUCCAAGCAUUAGGCCCAUACUUUUGUUUUAGAAUUUGCUGUGUAGGCAAUAUAUUGAUGUCUCUUUUUCAUGUUGUUUGUCUGUGGUUUUCAAUCAGGCCAUGCAAAUUAAUUAUUUGUCUAGUGUCAUCGGUAGGUUUCCAGCGAACAGAAUAAAAGACAUAACAUUUACCAAAAUCAAAAGAAACAUGUGUGUUGUCAAACCUGCUUGCGUUGACCUUGAUCAAGUCACAAUGGCUGUUCAGUGUAUGUGAUAGUUCAUUAGUGUGUCCAAUUUAAGCUUCUCUGUGCUUUAAACUACCCUGGCACAAAUGUUCACCAUGAGAAGAGGGAAUGCAGCAUGCAUAUAAAUAGGCUUUUCAAAGAUCAAGAUCACACGCAGGGAUCAUUGGUCAGAUUUUUUUAUUGUUUUUUUUGCUUGAUUGUCAUCACUGUCAUGCAUAGACAUCAAUUUCCCAACAAUAACAUUCAAUUAUUGUGACCAAGCAGGCUUGACAUUUUACAACAAACAUCGUCCAGAAAACAACAUUAUAUAGCAUAAACAGAGCGUAGUACAAAGGUUCUAAAUGUAUGGAACAGCAAAUAAAUAUGAUACUUCAUCUGUUACUAGUAUAUCAUUGAUGAAAUCUGCUGUCUAAGCCAUUAGUUGUAGAGAGAAUGAGAUUUGUUUUUUCUAUGGCACUUUUUGGUGUUUUCCUGCAAGGUAGAUUGGCUUUGAACUGGAACCUGGUACUUAGCAUAGAAUCAAUUUGGUUGGCCUAUUGUUUGUUAUAUAUUGUACCGCAUGUUUGAACUUGUGCAAUAACCAAUUGUAAUUUAAGGAGAUAUUUCCUGACUAAUGUUAUUGGUACUCAAUUUUUGAAUACCUGUAUAUAAAAAGGCAGUAGAUUUUUGCUUUGUUCAAUAAUGGACAGCGUCAAAAUUGUGUCCCAUAGUUUUCUUGUGUUUGCAUCGAAACAUGGUGACCACAUAGGGAUUACUUUGCCUCCCGCGAGUCACCCUAAUGUUUGCAAUCAAUACCUUCUCACUGAUCCACGUAGUGUCUUUCAACUUAGUAUGCACUGCGGGUAUGGUCAGAAGAUGACGUCUAUUGAGUUUGAGGUCAGUGCGACCUUGAUUAGAAAACAUUAUGGGUGCUCACGACCGGAAAUUCGUGGAUUCCUCGUUAAUAAAACAAUUUCCUUUCCAUUUCUCUGAAUGAUGUUGCUGACAUUGUGUCCCAGCCCUGUACAGGCUGAUAUUUAAUUUAGAAGUGGGAGCGGGGCUAAAUUUCAAAACAGUGAAACUUAUCAGUGUCCCAGCCCUGUACAGGCUGAUAUUUAAAUUAGAAGUGGGAGCGGGGCUAAAUUUCAAAACAGUGAAACUUAUCAGUGUCCCAGCCCUGUACAGGCUGAUAUUUAAUUUAGAAGUGGGAGCGGGGCUAAAUUUCAAAACAGUGAAACUUAUCAGUGUCCCAGCCCUGUACAGGCUGAUAUUUAUGCCCCCUUUUGAAAAAAGUGGGGUAUAUUGUUUUGCACAUGUCGGUCGGUCGGUCGGUCUGUCUGUCGGUCGGUCGGUCGGAAUACCAAAUGGUUUCCGAUCAAUAACUUGAGAACGCUUUGACCGAGGGACCUCAUACUUGGUAUGUGUAUUGGUCAUCACCAGCAGAUGAACCCUAUUGAUUUUGAGGUCAGUGGGUCAAAGGUCAAGGUCAGUGUGACCUUUACAUGAAAAACGGUUUCCGAUCAAUAACUUGAGAACGCUUUGACCCAGGAACCUCAUACUUGGUAGGUGUAUUGGUCAUGACCAGCAGAUGAACCCUAUUGAUUUUGAGGUCAGUGGGUCAAAGGUCAAGGUCAGUGUGACCUUAACAUGAAAAACGGUUUCCGAUCAAUAACUUGAGAACGCUUUGACCCAGGGACCUCAUACUAGGUAGGCUUAUUGGUCAUGACCAGCAGAUGAACCCUAUUGAUUUUGAGGUCAGUGGGUCAAAGGUCAAGGUCAGUGUGACUGUAAGCUGAAAAAAGGUUUUCUGAUUGUCCAUAUUUUAUUUAAGUGUCCAAAUCCUACUAACAAUUUGGCUCCCAAGGGGGCAUAAAUGUUUCACUAACAUCUCUUGUUAAUUUAGAAGUGGGAGCGGAGCUAAAUUUCAAAACAGUGAAAACUUGUCAAAUUUUUAUUUCACUCUUUGAAACAAUGGAAUAUAUCUUUUUAUUUCAGUAAAACAUAUCUAUAAAUCAGUUUGUUUUCUAGCAGAAGUCUUUGGUAAAGAAUGUUUGAGACGCAUAAUACUUAUAUUAAUGAUUUGUGUCAAGAGAAUGCAACAUACAAUGACUGACAUGUGUAAUAAUAUUCAUGCAUGUGGUCACUCUUUUAGCUCAUUUUGCUGCUGUUUAGUUAAACAUUAUUUUUAUGUUUAGUGUGAUUUCCUUUAUGUAUGAGUCUUAAACAUAAGCUGUGAAAAUAAAUGUCAAGAGUUUAUAGAAGUUUGACAGAUCUCCUGCUUUAUGAAUGCUAGUUGACAUGUUUUAUUUUAGUCAUAAAUUAUUAUAGUACAAUGUAUUAAACUUGUAUUCCCUUUUGAAAGUUUUUAUUAAGAUUUUUUUUAUUAGCAGGUAACCUUACUAUACAAGGGCACUUCCUUAGGUCUUGCAGGAGAUUUGUAGUGUACACAUUUGAUAACAUAGAAAUACUAUGUUCUUUUUUUCUUUUAUCAUUCACCAUUAGUCAUAAGGAAAGUGUUGAUCUGAUAAUCAUAUGUUGUUAUGUACAGUGACUUGAAGAUAUGUAUUGUAAUAAAAAAGUUAAAGACCA